AUGAGAAUGUCAGUUGAUCCCCAUUGCGCGAUGAUCACUUCCGUUCAGGUCGUCGGCGAGAACUGGGCGAACAUCGAUGAUCGGGUGGAGCGGCGAAGGGCUCAAAAUCGAAUUGCCCAGAGGGGAUACCGUAAAAGGCUCAAGAAGGAAAAGCUGGAAGGAGCUAAAGAGGCAGCAGCCAACGCUCCUAAGGAGGAGCAGAAGCAGCAGCAGCAGAAACAACAGCAACAGCAACAGCAGCAACAACCCUUACCCUCCUUUCAGACCCAGGUGAAAGUACAAACCCCUCCGGACUUUCAGCUCUUUUCUCCUCCACUGGACGGGCUGUCCUUCCCCGAGUCGUGGACUCCGCCGUCACUCGAUGGCUCCCAACGACCGACGAUGACUGGCCGGGGGCCUUCCUACAAUCCCAUCGAGGAAGCAUAUGCGCUGGCGAAUACUAGCAACGGCAACCUCACAAACUCCCAACCCCCAGCUGUCCCCGUCCCUGCAGCAGGCACGGUCAAAGCUCCCCAGACACUCCACGCGCCCACCCCUAGUAUAACCCCGAAUCCCAGCCCCCCAACGGUUGUGGAUUCCGUUCCGUCACAUUCUACUCCCACGGGAGAGUCUUCAUUCGCCAAUACUGCCCUUCACCGGGCGGCUCUGUACGGCCAUGAGUCUGUUCUGGGGGUUUUGAUCAGUGCGGGCGCGGAUGCUUCGAUCGCCGAUAGCGCGGGGCUGACACCCCUGCAUCUCGCGGCGAUGGAGGGACACGCCCGCCUGGUGACACUGCUAUUGGGCUCGCCGACCGGCAGUGGUGUGAAUAUCAACAUGACAACGCGGGAGGGCGAGACGGCGCUGCAUCUGGCUGUGAAGCAUCACCGGCCAGAGGUGGUGCAAGUGUUGCUCUGUCCGACGCGUCGCCACGCCCUUCAGGUAGACGCACAGGAUUGGCUGGGCCGUACAGCCUUGCAUCUUGCCUGUGAGCGAAAUCGGCGUGACUUGGUUGAAAUGCUGGUGCAAGCCGGGGCCCAGUUGGAGAUCCGCGAUCUCGAAGGCCAGACGCCCUUGCAUACCGCAUGCCUCGGGAAGAACAUGUAA